AUGCCUCUUACAAGUAGACAGCCAGGGCGAACCCUGCUUAAGCGACGCGGAGAGGCCCCGCCUGACCCCUUCGGUAAAUGGGCGCGUCCAGAGAAGGAGAAUUGGUACACUAAAUACGUGAGACGAAGAAAUGGUGUCGGUGUUAUCCUUAGUAGCGUUAUGAAGGACAAAGUAGUUGAAGUCAAAAGAUUGGGCAGUCGGAUUAUGAAAGUUGAAGUAGCCCUCGCAGAAGAAAAGAUUAAUAUUGUUAGUGUUUAUGCGCCACAGUCAGGAACAGACAAGAGAGUUAUAUCUAGAAUUCAUGAAGGUUGGGGAACGGAGGCGAGAAACGAGGAAGGGGAAAGCAUCAUAGAUUUUGCAAUAGCAUACGACCAAGCAAUAGUUCCUACUUUCUUCAAGAAGCAUAAGAAACUUAUAGUUGUGAAUUUAUUAUAA